UUCACCAAAAACUGGUUGUUAUCUGUCAAAAGUCAACCCAAAUCAGCUGUUUUGAUACCCACUAUUCAUGAGUCAUUUCUUAUUGAUAAAUCCGCACAAUUUGGUCGUGUUAAGUGUUUUUUGCAGCGAAAUUCAACAGGAAAAAGGAAAAUGUUUCGCGGUUCGGCCUUCGAUCGGCUUAUGGACAAAGCGACGAGUCAUCUUUUGAUGGAAGCGGACUGGGUCACAAUUAUGCAGAUAUGCGAUUUAAUUAGGCAAAACGACGUGCAGCCUAAAACUGCUUUUUCCUCGAUUAAAAAGAAGCUAACUUCCGAGAACCCCUACACGGCUUUGUAUGCUUUGAUUGUACUCGAGAGUAUGGUUAAAAACUGCGGUUCUGCUGUUCAUGAGGAGCUGACAACAAAGAUCAACUGCGACUUUCUCUAUGACUUGAUAAGGAUUACGCCUCAUUCCAACGUUAAGGCAAAGCUAUUGGAGCUUAUUCAGGCUUGGAAUUUUGCUUUGAGGAAAAAUUCCAAACAUGGUCAUUUAAAGGAUUUGCUCGGGAACUUGAAAUCGGAGGGGCACAAGUUCCCGGCGCUGCGCGAAUCGGACGCCAUGUUCGCCGCCGACUCGGCCCCCGAGUGGGCGGAGGGCGACAGUUGCCACCGUUGCCGCGUCCAGUUCACUCUGAUCACGCGCAAGCAUCACUGCCGCAACUGCGGACAGGUGUUCUGCCACAACUGCUCUCAAAAGGAGAUCCCGCUGCCGAAGUUCGGCAUAGAGAAGGAAGUCAGGGUGUGCGACACCUGCUACGAUCAGCUCACCAGGCCGCAACAGCCGGGCGCGCAGAAGGAAAACAAGGAGGAGCUCCCGGCCGUUUAUCUGAAGAGCUCGCUGGCGCAGCAGAAGCAGGAGCCGCCGCGCAAGAGCGAGGAAGAGCUCAGGGAAGAAGAAGAGUUGCAGUUGGCGCUGGCCCUCAGCCAAUCGGAAGCCGAGGCCAAGGAGAAGGAGAAGAUCAAGAUGACGUCGACGUUGCACGGCGCCUACAACGCUAAACCCGAAGCGAAGCCGGCCGAGCGGAGCCCGUCGCCGCCCGACGAGCAGGCCAAUCCCGAGCUGGCGCGCUAUCUGAACCGCUCGUACUGGGAGUCGCUCAACGAUUCCUCUGCGGAGAGCAACGGUCAGCGCGCCGCCAGCCCGACCGCCCCCGCGCAGAACAACCACCACGAUAAUCACCAGAAGGCGGCGCAAAUGAAGGAGAACGGACUCGUCGAUCACGAUCUCGAGGAGUUCAUCAGGACGCUCAAGUCGCAGGUGGAGAUUUUCAUCAACAGGAUGAAGAGCAACUCCAGCAGGGGAAGGUCCAUCGCCAACGACACCAGCGUUCAGACGCUGUUCAUGAACAUAACGGCGAUGCAUUCGCGCCUUCUGCGCCACAUCCAGUCGCACGACGACAGCCGCAUGCACUACGAACGGCUGCAGGACAAGCUGACGCGGGUCAAGGAGGCGCGCGAGGCGCUGGACGCGCUGCGCGACGAGCACCGCGACAAGAUGCGCCGCGAGGCCGAGGAGGCCGAACGCCAGCGGCAGCUGCAGAUGGCGCACAAGCUCGACAUCAUGCGCAAGAAGAAGCAGGAGUACCUGCAGUACCAGCGCCGGCUGGCGCUGCAGCGCAUCCAGGAGCAGGAGCGCGAGAUGCACAUGCGGCAGGAGCAGCAGAAGCAGCAGUACCUGAACCAGUACGCGGUCGGACCGUACAUGGGGUCGCCGGUGCACAACCAGCAGCAAUACCCGGUCGGGCCGCAAGGUAUGCCGCCUGUCGGCGUGAACUACUACCAAGGCUAUCAGCCGCAGAUGUUGCCAAACGUACCGCAAGGUCAGCCCCACCCCGGCAUGCAGCAGCACGCCCCUGUUCCCCUGCCAUCGCAGCCGAUGCCCAACAUGGCUCACCCGCAAAACUUCCAGGGUGCGCAGCCGCCGCCGCCGGGGCAGUUUAUGGCGCCACCUGGCGGAGUUCCGCCGCAAAACGUUGCGGGGGGCGGUAACCCCCCUCCGCCGCCGCCGCAGCAGCAGUUUUCCCCUCCCGCUCAGCAGCAGGAUGGGGGGAAGCAGGAGGACGCGAAGACUGGCGAGUUGAUCAGUUUUGAUUAAUUAUUGAUUAUUGGAUUAUUAUUAUUAUCUAUAGAAAUUUAAAUAUAUGCUUAAUAUUUUAUAUUUAUCAGUGUAAUACUUUAUUUUAUUAACGUCUUAAAAAUACAUGCUGUUUAAAAUUUA